GCCCCUUCCCUGCAAGUUCCUGACUUUUCCCUGCGGCCGUUUUGUGAGGGCCGUUUCUCCUCCCCUAGAAAGAGAGAGGCGCUGGCCCGCCUGCGCUCCCCAUGGCCGCGAAGGGGCAGGACGAGUUGCCAAAAGCCCGAGGCAGGACUCUGGGCGUCUUCCGCGAAGAUGCAGAACAGGAAUGGAAGGGCCCUUUCUAUUUUAUUCAAGGAGCAGAUCCUCAGUUUGGACUGAUGAAGGCGUAUGCCAUCGGCGAUUGCGACAGCGGUGGCGACGAAUGGGAAGCAGAAUUGCAACUCACCCGACAGGCUGUGGAAGCAAUUAACCGCCUGAACCCAAAACCAAAAUUCUUUGUCCUAUGCGGGGAUUUAAUACACGGCAUGCCUGGGACAGAAUGGCGGGAGGCCCAAAUUCAGGAUCUGAAGAAUGUUCUGAAGGGCCUUAGAAGCGACAUCCCUCUGGUUUUCGUCAGUGGCAAUCAUGACUUGGGGAAUACGCCGACUCUGGAGACGAUCAGCGAUUAUUGCCAACAGUGGGGUGAUGAUUACUUCAGCUUUUGGCUUGGCGGCGUCUUCUUUCUCGUGUUGAAUUCUCAACUGUAUUUUGAUGCUUCCCAAUGCCCAGAGUUAAAGGAGGCUCAGGACGCAUGGCUGGAGCAGCAGCUUGCCAUUGCAGAAAAAAAGAAAUGCCGUCAUGCUGUCGUCUUCCAGCAUAUCCCCCUCUUCAUCAGCAAACCUGAUGAGGACCAUAACUACUUCAAUUUAGAGAAGGUCGUUCGAUAUGAGCUCCUGGAAAAAUUCCGCCGAGCAGGUGUUAAAGCGGUGUUUUCCGGGCAUUGUCACAAAAAUGCUGGAGGAACCUACAAAGAUCUCGACAUGGUAGUUUCAUCUGCCAUUGGAUGCCAGCUAGGAGAUGACACCCACGGAGUGCGGAUGGUGGCGGUCACUGCCGAAAAGAUCGUCCAUAGAUAUUUCAGUCUGAGUGAGCUGAGUAACCAUCAAGAAGUCGAAAAAGAGUUUAUGAGGAUCGCCUACCUCUCCGAUGGAACACCAGCCAACCAAGUUAAACUUCUAUCUUGUGGACUGUGAGGGGAAAAUGGAGCAGUGUUUGCGGAGCUGUGGCUAAGAAGUGGAGCCCGUUGACGAGUUCUGAAUUGGAGACAAUGUUGAGAAACACUGGUGUAGAGCAAUCCUGCCUUUUAAACUAAACAAAACGACAGCGGGAGGAAUCAUGAAUUAAUUCCUCUUUGUAUCAGAGUCUAUAAGCUUGGGAAACAUUCUAAAGAGCUGUACUGUAAGAAGCAAUAUAAAUUGAAUAAAACAGGAUACCUUCCCCCUUCCCCCCCAAAGUGCGUUACAGCAUAAGUGGCAAGAUCCAGAUUCUUGCCGUAUUUACAGAAGGUCGGUUAAAACCCAUUCAGCUUUAGCCAGGACUCCUUUAAGUCACACCUAUUUUAAACCUGGCUCCCUCCCAAUGUAUGUCUCCCAGCCCAUCUCGAAUGGUUUCACUUUAAUACAUGAAAGUGAUUUUUUCAAGGCGCUGCCAAUUUUCAGCGCUUGCAAAACCAAGGGCAUUAACUGAACAAUUCCCCAAUUAAUACAGGGACAGGCCAAAAAUAACACCGGGAGGAAAUGGACGCAAAGGAAAUAAGUUCAUUUUUCUUCUUUCCUGCGGAGACAACAGAGCGCUGCCUGCUCUGAAGUAGAGGUGAGAAUGAAUGCGAGUUCCCGAUGACGCCAGAAGAGAGCUAUGCUCUUCUGAAAUGAACAUAGUGCGCACAUCUCAGCUUGAUAACUCUGGAACAUCAUACAACAGGCAAAAAAGGCCCAUCUGGUCCCGUGAUUUAAGGCACCAGAAGGUCUUCCAGGAAAGAGUAACUACAGUAUAUGAUUCGUUUGCAGCCAGAAAGUGACCAUCUGGCAAGUUCAGACAACAUGCUUGAACUCCGGUGUUGUUAAACCCAAUUUAACAAAACCCAGUUCACUUAACAUCAAGCCCAAACCAACCACAUACUAGCAUAAGAUGAUACGAGGCUCAUGCAACAUGCUAAGGACACAACUGUGGGUGUGAAGCCAGCUUCCAGUACUUUAGGCCAGUUAUACAUAUGCAGCAUGAUUUCCAUGGUGCCAAUAAUCCAGAAGACAUUUUUCCUUGGUAUCGAAGUUUUUUCUCCCACCUGAAUUCAUUAUUUUUAGAUUUGUUUAAUAACCUUGACAAUGAAUGGAAAGCUGUCAUGUUAUAACAAAAAUGCCAACGUCUAACAUUCUCUGUUUUUACAACCUUGCCUCUAGGCCAGAUAUGUAUUUUACAACCUUGCCUCCCCAUAUAUGUAUUUUAGAGAAUAAAAAAAGGUGAUAUGUUUAGAAAUGGGCCCACCUGCCCAGAGAGAGAAAAAAUGAGUGCCAGAGAAGAUUGAAUUGGGAGGGGGAGGGGGAUAAGAGGGGGUGCAAGAAUAGCUUGUCUCCUGGCACAUUAACUUAAUUAGUUAACUGCAUUUAUUAUGGCUGUCCACUCCAGAAGACUCUGGGUGGCUUACAGAAUCCAAAGAUUAAGACUUUAUGAUUGGUUAUGCCAUCUUGUAACUAGACUAGACCCUUCCCUUUCACAGCCAUUGUGUGAGAAUGCCCGCAACACGUUCUCAGUCUUCUAAAGCCAUGUUAUCUACUUCUAACGCAACAUUUUAACUACUUCAUCAGAUGCACAGUGAGUUACACAAAUAUUUACCUCUGCAUAUAAUAAAGAGCCACAGGUCGUAA